AAUCCUAGAGCUACCGAACAGCACCCGCACCUGGAACGUAGCACUUUCACGGUAUCUGUGCCGAGGGUGCCAUCACUCCAGUCAUGGAGCAACCAGCGAGCGAACCUAUUGCCCCAGAGCACACCGAGACGCAGAACCCCGCCCCCACCAUGCCUGGCCCUGCCGAGAGUGCGCCGACGAUACCAUCCAAGCGGAUCCAUUCCCUGGUCAUCGACGCCAACGCAAUUAUCAAGAACGAUCCCACAGUUUCGACGUUGCUUACCCAAGCCGAGGAGUUGUACACCAUUCCUGCUGUGAUUUCAGAGAUUCGCGAUGAGGCGGCAAGGUCACGGUUCCACACUACUUUGUCUCCAUUUCUAAAGCUCCGGAACCCGCGCCCCGAGUCCAUUCAGUUCGUUACCAACUUUGCGAAGAGCACGGGCGAUCUCCAGGUUCUCUCAAAGCCCGAUAUUCACCUUCUCGCCCUAACAUACGAUUUGGAAGUCGAGAGGAAUGGCGGUGACUGGCGACUGAGACGAGAACCGAAUCAAAAGAGUGUGAAUGGGAAACCGCCGGGCAAGAUUGAGGCAGCAGCCGAUGAACCGAAUAUCCAGGAGACUGUGGAGUCAGCGGUUGUCCAGCCGUCAAUCAUUGCUUCCGAUGCAAGAAAUGAGCAGGGGGAGGCUUUGCCCCGGGCUGCAGACGAGGCGGGUCCGUCAAUCGAGCAAGCAACGGCCCAAGUGACAGAGAAACUGCAAGAUCUCAGCUUUAAUCAGCCUUCCGCGGAGGGGGAUACUGCUGAACAGGAAGAGGAGGUAACAGAGGAAGAAGAUGAUGGCGAAGGAGAAUGGAUAACGCCCAGCAACAUCAAGAAGUACCAGGCCAGGGAAAAUGCACACAUAGAACCGCAGCCUGUACAGAGGGUACUGCAGGCGGCCUUGAUCACCGGGGAUAUGGCCAUGCGGAAUGUGGCGUUGAGAAUAAACUUGAAUCUUCUCGACUCAGGCUUCUCCCGCAUCACAUACCUCAAAACCUGGGUUCUGCGAUGUCACGGGUGCUUUAAAGUGUGCAAGGAUAUGUCGAAACAGUUCUGCCCGUCCUGCGGCCAGCCCACUUUGACCCGUGUCUCGUGCAGUACGGACGCGUCGGGCAACUUCACCCUUCACCUCAAGAAGAACUUCCAGUACAAUAAUCGGGGCAACGUCUACAGCAUACCGAAGCCGACCCACGGCUCCGCUAGCGGAAAGGGCAACAAUGUCAAAGGAGGCGGCAAGAAUGGGUGGGGAAGGGCCUUGAUCCUCACUGAAGACCAAAAGGAGUACGCCAAGAAGAUGGAUGAAGAACGACGGACAAAGUACCGUGACUUCAUGGACCAGGACUACCUGCCCGGCAUUCUGGGCGGCGCCAGAACGUCGGGCAGCGGGAGGAUCAAGGUGGGCGCGGGCCGCAAUGUUAACGCCAAGAAGAGGAGGUGAUAGUAUGCAGAUGCCAAUGCCAUGAUAAGGUACCGAAUUUGGGGAUCGGACCCCGUGAUCAAACGUUGUGGGCAUUUAGUGUAUUCCUUUCUUGAUCAAACAUGCAAGGCCCGUAACGCCAUGUGCAAAUCCCCAAACCAAUCCAACGCCAAGCCUUUUAAUUUCACCCGCCGUCUGAGCCUAAGGGCAGGCAAAGAACUUCCGAAAUACUCGUCACCACCGGGCUGGGAUCGUCAUGGUGCCGCCGGCGGAGAAGUCGGACAUAACGGACGAUGACGGCGGCCCAUGAAUGCCGGGUUCAUAUAU